UUAGCCUCUAUGGACUCAUUUACUGUUACAAGUGAACGAAGCCUCAUACCAGAAUUUACAUUUGCAUGUCCAAGGGAGAAGUGUGGAAAAGUGCCCGACCGAAGGGAUUAGAAGUUAAAUAGUUUCCCUUUUAUUAAUGAAAGUCAACCCUACAAACAUAACAUGGAGGGUGGACCUUCAUCAAGUGGGUUUAGAUCUGAUAGUGGAGACUCAACAAGCCCAGAUGAAUGCCCUGAUGUGGAUGUAAGAAGUAAAGAAUAUUUGGAAUGGAUGAAUGCCUUCUCUGAGGUUGAUCCUGCUGAUACAGUCAGUCCCAAGGAAUCUCCUGCAGAUGAUGGACAGACUGCAAGUUGUUCCACCAAGGUGUCCAUAUAUAAGACUCCAAGAUCAAGAACCUCUCCAGUAGAGGAUAAUGAAGUUGUUGAUUUGGAGACCACUCCAAAGAAGCUCCGCAAAACUCCCCUGCCCUUGCUCACUUGGGCUGACAAUGAAGAGGUGUGGCAGAAUAUAGUGUACAAGGAGGAGGCCACCCUCAAAAACAGAAGUUAUAGUAUUUUUAAUGACAGGUCUGCUUAUCUUCCAAGAAUGAGAGCUAUUCUGCUUGAUUGGAUCAUGGAAGUUUGCGAAGUGUACCACCUGCGAAGAAAUACAUAUUAUUUAUCUGUGGAUUACAUUGACAGAUACUUGACAAUAAGACCUAACGUUCCAAAAACGCAACUGCAAUUACUUGGAGUUUCGUGCUUGUUUAUUUCGGCUAAACUCGAAGAAAUAUAUCCACCUAAACUCUCAGAAUUCUCGUAUGUUUGCGAUGGUGCCUGCACCGAGAAAGAAAUAUUAGCCUGCGAGGUGCUUUUAUUAAACAUAUUAACUUGGGAAGUGAAUCCAAUGACGCCAACUGGUUGGUUGAAUCUGUAUAUGCAAAUUCACAUUAACUCUGAAAAAUUCAAGGACCGUAGCAUAUCGUUGGCUGUAGAUGCGAACUUCCAAUAUCCACAGUAUUCAGGUUACAAGUUCGUGGAAGCUUCGCAUCUGAUAGAUCUGUUCACAAUGGACCCCGGUUAUUUGAAAUUCAGCUAUAGUACCAUUGCUGCCGGUGCGAUGUUCUUCAUCUUCGGCAAACACACAGCGCUCUCCGUGUCCGGGUUGAGAUGGAAGCAGCUGAAGCCAUGCGUUUCUUAUAUGGCGGUAUUCCAUCACAUAAUUCAGAAGACCUACGAUCCCCGGCUUGUUUCCGUCGUACCAUUCAUAGAUGAUGAGAGAUUGGAAGGCAGCUUACGCUUCCUUCGAAAGAACGUGCCAAAUAUAGUGUUCAAUGAGAAUCACUCCAUCCAAACGCAUUUAAUAAAUUUGGACAUGUUCGAGAAAUCGGUUCUCGUGCGAUUGCAAUGGUGCGGUCUAAACGUUGAAAAAGUAUAUAUUAAGAAAGUAAAGACUGAUCUAGGUGACACUGAAUACGAAAGCUGCAAAGAUGAGAAUCCCGAGAAGGGACAUAGUGUAGUCAUGUACGAGUUAACGCCAAGUUUAGAGAGGAUUGCCGACCCGGAUGCACCACCACCCUUGCACCCCACAGACGCUGAUUAUGAAGGUGGAAAAGUGAAUAUUUUCAAACUGGCACAAAAGACAACUGUCACGUUCGACGAUAUACUUUCAAGCAUACACAACGACUCUGCCAGUCACAAAUUUAACAUUUCUGUUCCGAAGAAACUGCGUAAAUGAACGAUUUAAAUGACCCCACCCACCUGUAGUAAAAAUUCCAUGUGAUAACGCUACCCUUUUCGACAUUUGCCACUUUCAUUGUUUUAAAAAUUCAUAGUUUAUUCAAUGACAAACGCCUCUUUUAUAAUAUUUUUUUUUUCUCCAAAUAAUCAUAGAUCACAUCAAAUAUCCUUCAUAUUUAUCUGUGAUCUCUUUAACCAUUUAAACUAAGUGUAAUUAAUGUGUAGAUAAGUACUUGUUCCCUCAAUUAUUUAUGGUUAAGAAUGUCCUAUUUAUAAUGUGGAUCUCCUCUGAACUCGCUGGCUCCGAAAGUUAAGUUUUGACUAUAUUAUUAUUAAAAAAAACGUCGUUAUUUAAAUGAGAUAAAAAUAAUAUUAUUUUUGAUAUUUUAUGAAAUAUGUUUUCCACUGUUCCCAUUUAUAUAAUAAUGAAAGAUUUAAAAAGCAUAAUGUUCUCAAUGCAGAACCAACUCGCUGACUCCCGAAAGUUAAGUUUUCAUUAUAUAAUUAUUAUUAAAAACGUCGUUAUUUAAAUGAGAUAAAAGAAUAUUAUUAUUUUGAUAUUUUAUGAAAUGAUGUUUUCCACUGUUUCGAUUUACAUCUCUAACGAAUAAACAUUAAUAUUUGUUUUGUCUUACGCUUAAUAUAUAUGUUUUUUAUUAUUUUUAUGAAAUUUAUUAUGUAUAGUUAGUAAGUUAUUCUUCGGUCACUUUCAUUGUUCUCUGUUCGAUAAAAAAAAUAUUUUAUUUGUUACUGAUACAUAUGUUAAUUGGCUAUUAAUAUAGCUGCACUUGCGGUGUGCACUUCUUUUUUUUUACUGUAAUAAAG